GCAGUGUUGUGAAGGUCAGCGUGAAAAUGCCUACCGCAAUUCUCCCACUUAAUAAAGGGUGGCAGCUUCAAAAUCGGGUCGAUUGACUCGGCCGAUGUUCUUGAAGCAUAUCGUCGAGCUCCUUCCUUUGCUCCCCCUGGGCUGUGAGGUAUUGACCCUUCCUGUAUCAUGCCAUCACCCCACUCCACGGACGCAAAGCCAGCCAGCUUCAGACCCCCUUGAACUCUUCCUCGUUCAACUCCCGCUCCGCCACAUGCCCAUCCUUCUCGAGUUCGAUAGCAGGGCCAAUAUCGACACACAUCACGCUUAGCGACCGGUUUAUCCACGACAACUGUUUACUGUAUAGCUGUAUUCCUUCCACCAUGGCUCAAUGUGUUUGCAGAGGAGAGGAUAGGCGGCCAGGGCCAAAGGGGAGAUGCGUAGGUUGUAAUGAACGAAUAAAUCCGGCCACACGACCGGCAUGGAGCCCGUUACCGCCAGUCCCGCAGCAGCAGCCGUUACCUCCGCCAGAUCCGCUACAGUGGCCGUUCCUACAGCAGCAGCCGUUGGCACCAGACCCGCUACAGAGGCAGCUCCUACAGCAGCCGCCGUUACCUCCGCCACUCCCGCUGCAGUGGCCGUUCCUACAGCAGCAGCCGUCGGUACUAGUCACCAAACAGUGGCAGCUCCUCCAGCAGCAGCUGGUACCGCAAGUCCCGCUACAGAGGCAGCUCCUACAGCAGCAGCCAUUACCGCCAGACCCGCCACAAGACAAAAUAGCCAAGGCCAUGGGAAAAGUCAAGGCCUACGAAAAAGCUGUGGCUGACAAGAUCUGCCCAUGUUCGCUCCCAGAGAUCGAGUGCAAGGUCAAACUACCGCUCCGAUGCACAGGAGUGAUAGUCGCACAAGGCCGCACAAACCAGGUGUGUAGCUAUAGGCCAUGCAUCGAUGCAUGCUGCCGGCGACGACGGCGGAAACCCACAUUGGCAAGUGCAGAAAAACCUCGUGUACUACAUCCUUGCCAUUGUUUGGAGGUGAUCAAACGUGGUGAGAAAUGCUAUGCCGAAGGGAGGUGUGAGCAGACAUCCGACCGUAGUGGCUGGUGUUGUCCGGCGUGUGGGCCCAAGAAACCUGGGAGAAAUAGCGCGGACUGUGCUGCCAAAAGGUCGUCUAAAAAGUUGAGCGAUCGUAGACAGAUCUGGAGACCAGAAGGAUCCGAACAAUGAAAAGCCUCUUGAGGUAGCGAUUAUUCUGUAAAGCGAUGGUUUUGGGACUUUACGAACGAAUCGGGAUCAUUGGGGGCUGGAAAGGCGCAGGUCCGCCUUGAACUUCGUCUAGUGUUUAGAGAUAAUAGCAAGAGCGCUUAACCCGCUAGUCAGCAGCAC